UUUCCACUUCCUCAGCGACCUCAGCUGGAGUUUGUACAUUCAAAUAUCUCACGUGAAUUUAUUCGAUUUAUUCUUAGUUAUUUCGCACCUGCAAAGAAAAUAUGAUUGAAGUCACGAAUCAGAAUUUCAACAAGGUGUAUCCGCAUCUGGAGCACACGUUGAAAAAUGCUAACUUCAUAGCGAUUGAUGGGGAAUUCACAGGUAUAGAAAGCGAUGAUGUAAAAAAUAGCCUGUUCGAUUCUAUACACGAGCGCUAUAAGAACAACAGAAGCCAUAUUCAGCCGCACAUAAUAAUUCAAUUUGGUAUUUCGGCGUUUCAUCGAGUUCACGAUGAGAAUAAAUACACUGCGGAGGCCUUCAAUUUCUUUCUGCUGCCUAGAUCUAUACCGUCGAAGAACAGACAAUUUCUUUGGCAGAUAGCAUCGCUAGAGUUUCUGACUACUCAUGAAUUUGAUUUCAACAAAUUUGCCUACCAAGGUAUUUCGUAUCUUGACGAGAUCGACGAGGCAGUCUUGCAGCAACAGUUACAGGAGAACACGUUGCUGUCUAACGUGGAGCAAUGUAUCACUUACCAAGAGGAAGAGGAUUUUAAAAAUACACUCGGUCAAAUAUUUAAAUGGCUGAAGACAGCUGGUGAUGAAACGGACUCGUUUAAAAUUCAGUCCCGCACUCCAACUGUGCAAUAUUAUAUGCAUAAAGAAUUGAGGAGACAUUUCCCAAACGUUUGGACUUACUCAGGGAACGAUAUGAUAACUGUGAUUAAAGUGCCGCCAGAAUCGAGAAAAAUUUUGGAACAGGAAGAAGGCUCUAUACUAGAAAAUGUAUUACUCGAAUCGUACACAGGCUUUUCAAAAGUAUUCAAGCUCUUGGUUACGUUGAAAAAACCAAUAAUUGCGCAUAAUCCUUUUUUGGAUUUUAUGUUUAUGCAUCAACAAUUUUACAAACCAUUACCACGAAAAUAUAUUGAUUUCAAAAAAAAUAUUCAUCAACUGUUUCCAACAAUUUAUGACACGAAAUUUUUAAGCUUCGAACUGAGAGAAAUUCUUCGAACAGAAGAAAGAUGGAAACUUAACACUCUAAGUGGUUUAGUCAAUUAUUUUACAGAAUCGCAAGGAAAAAAUAUAGCGCUAGGAUCGCCUAUCAUUGAACUCACGACAGAUUCAAAUGAUACUACCUCAUUGAAGAAAUAUCAUACCGCAGGAUGGGAUUCUUAUUUUGCUGGUUACAUAUUUAUUAGACUGACUCAUAUAUUUGCCACAAAGCGUUGUGGAGAAAUAUUUCAUAUAAAACAAUUUACACAUACAGAAUUGAUGAAUUGCGUGAAAGGCUUUACAAACUGUGUAAACAUUAUACGCGGCAAUACAUCAUAUUUGAAACUUGACGGGGCUGAACCUAAAUCAACUCGACCAAAGUGGCUUUAUGUGAAAACGUUAGAAUCGAAGCCGAUAACUGUCCUACAGAUAGCUGAAAAAAUGUCGAGGUUUGGCGCCGUUGACGUGAAGCAGGACACACCGAAGCGCGUGUUAGUUGCAGUAGCAAAUCACGGAAGCGCACGGGACAUAUUGCGACACUUCAAGCAAAACAAGGAGCUAUACGUAGUCCCUUACAAUCCGAUAUGGCAUUCACGCCGGGUUCAACUUAUCCUAUGGAGCAGUAUAGUCGUUUCUGGCGGGAUCUUCGCGUGGGUACUGCAUCAGAAGUUUCAGAAAAGCUCUUAAACAGACUGUAAAUAUCUUUAGAUAAAAAUAUACACUAAAGUUUUAUGUUUUUUAAUUGAAGUAUGUCGUCUGUUGAAUUAAAUUAAAAAAUA